AUGGAAACCAGGGUUGCAGUGGUCACCGGAGGCAACAGAGGAGUGGGGUUAGAGAUAUGCAGGCAACUCGCGAGUAAUGGCAUUCUUGUCGUGCUGACUGCAAGGGAUGAAAAGAAGGGCUCUCAAGCUGUCAAGGCACUAGAGCAGUCUGGUCUUUCUGGUGUGAUCUUUCAUCAAUUGGAUGUGACUGAUCGAUCGAGCAUUAUGCUGUUAGUGGAGUUUAUAAGGACCAAAUUUGGAAAGUUCAACAUUUUGGUGAACAAUGCAGCCAUUGGAGGAACAACCAUCGAUCCUGAAAGAUUACGUGAACUCUUAGAGCAGGAUCCCAAGUUCAUCUCGAAUGAGGGGGUCAUAAAGGUGCUAAGUGACAUUGAUAACCUGUCGGAUGAGAAGCUCAAGGAUGUGGCCAGCAUUUUCUUGAAAGAUUUCAAGGAUGGAAAUCUAGAAGCACAUGGCUGGCAACCAGUGGUAUCAGCAUAUGCAGUGUCCAAAACGUUGGUCAAUGCCUACAGUAGGCUCCUUGCUAAAAGGCACCCAUCGCUGGAAGUAUGCUGCGUCAAUCCAGGUUUCGUGAAGACUGACAUGAACUAUGGCAUUGGAUUAAUUUCAGUAGAGGAAGGAGCAAAUGCGCCAGUCAGAUUGGCUUUGCAGGAAGCGUGCAGUGACUCGUGCCUUUACUUUGAGCAAUGUGAAAUUUCUGAAUUUUGA